AUGCCGCCGGGGAGGCGCUCCCGGGCCGGGCUCUGCUCGCUGGCCGCCCUGGCGCUCGCCCUCCUGGCCGCCCUCACCGUCCUGCCGCCCCUGCUGCUGGCCUUCCGGAGCCACGGCUUCUGGCUGAAGCGCAGCAGCUACGCCGAGCAGCCCUCCGUCCGCUUCCUGCACCAGGGGCUCCUAGCCGCGCUCACGCAAGGCGGCGGCUCUCUGGGCUGGAGCUCCUUCGCCGCCUGCAACCGCCUGCUGGGCGCCCGCCUCCGCCUCCCGCGCCUCUCGGCUAGAGAGGAAGACAUCAAUCAAGAUGGCGUGAUGGACCUAUUACAUUUUCAGCUGGAGCUUCCCCUACAAUCCACAGAGCAAAUACUUGGGAUACAGCUCAUUCUGACUUUCAGUUACCAGCUACAAAGAAUGUCCACAUUUGUGAUGCAGAGCAUGGCCUACCUCCAGUCCUUCUCCCCUGUGCCAGGGUCACGAGUCGUCGUGAACGGAGACCUGAAGCUGCGUCAGAGGCAGCCGCUUGGCCAUUGUGGGCUGGACAACAGAUACAAUGUAUCGGUGAUCAAUGGCUCAAGCCCUUUUGCCCAGGAUUAUGAUCUCCAGAACAUAGUGGCAGCAUAUCAGGCGAGAAAUGUCACAACAGUUUUGUCUACUGACACGGGCCCCAUCUGGGUGGUUGGAAGAGCACCCAGUGACCCUUUUGUGAUCCAGGCCACCAUCCAUUACCCAGUGGAACUGAUUGUAUAUCAGCCAGGCUUCUGGGAAAUGAUCAAGUUUGCCUGGAUCCAGUAUGUCUGCCUUCUACUGAUUUUUCUCUGGAUCUGUGAAAGAAUAAAACCCUUCCUUUUCCAGAAUCAGGUGCUGUUCGCUGCUCCGGUGUUACCAGCUUCUUCCAUUUUGUCCCACAAAGAGCACCAGUCCUGA